CAGUCAUUCAGUGAUUUUAUCUGCUGCGAUAGCGUUUUGCGCAUUUUGUGAGUUUGGGUUUUCGUAGGCCAAACAUGUUUAAACCCGAAACGUCCGGGCUCGGCCCGGACUUCCGGUUAACCAAAUUCUCGACGCUCCGUGGAUGAGGAAGCAAGGUUCCUCAAGAUGUCCUCAACAGACUUCUUGCAGGAGUGUACAGCGAUCAGCUGGUAGGUGAUAAGGAUGCGAAGAGCGAUAAGAGUUCCGAGGAGGGUGUGGGAAUAGGCUUAGAUUCGUCCGUCAUUGCGCUCCGCGAUGAGCUGUUCCUGGUGCAGUCCGUUGACUUUUUCUAUCCGUUGAUCGAUGAUCCGUUUAUGUUGGGCAAAAUUGCGCUGGCGAAUGUUGUGAGCGAUGUCUAUGCUGUUGGGGCCGUGGAUCUCGAUCAGAUCAAGCUGAUCGUGUCGGCACCAACGGAAUUCACCGACAAGGAGCGCGAGGUGGUAGUUCCGAUGGUAAUCAACGGGUUUCUGGAGGCGGCCAAAGAGUGCAAAGCGCCGGUGAAGGUCGGAAGCAUCGCCGAGAACCCGUGGUUCAUCAUUGGCGGCGUGGCUACGGCGGUCUGCCACCGAUCGGAAUUAAUAAUGCCAUACAAUGCGGAAGUCGGGGACGCAAUCGUGCUGACGAAACCGCUCGGAACACAGCUGGCCACCAACGCCUACAUUUGGAUGUGUGAAAGAUCGGACAAUUGGACUCGUUUGCAGGAGCGUUUCACCGUGGCCGAUAUCGAGGAAACGUAUCGAAUUGCGCUGGAGUCGAUGUCACGGCUCAAUCUACAAUGCGCAAGUAUAAUGCGCAAGUACAAUGCGCACGCCGCUACCGAUGUGACCGGAUUUGGGCUGCACGGACACGCGGAAAACUUGGCAAAGUUCCAGAAGGCCGCGGUCGAUUUUCACAUCCACAAACUGCCCAUCAUCAAGAAUGUGCGCGAAAUAGCGGAACUGCUCGGACGGAGUGCGAAGCUGUUGGCCGGUAGAGCGGUGGAAACGAGCGGCGGAUUGCUCAUCUGCCUGCCCAGCUCGGAAGCGGCCGGAUUCUGCGACGAGUAUCGGAGCACAACUUCACAUCCGGCUUGGAUUAUCGGUAGCGUUCGGAAGGGAGAGCGAACCGCACAAAUGGACGCAAACGUAGAGUACAUUGCGGUGGACGAAUCGUAAAAACCGGUGCCCGUGUGCGCCCAUCGGAGACCGCGAAGGGCAGAUAAAGCGUGUGAUGCGAACUUCGGGAAGGCUGAUAAGGCUGGGAAGUUUGUUGAAAUUUUCUUUCGCUGCCCUUUUCCAUUCGAUUGGUGCCGGGAUUGGCCUUGGGUUUGAGUAAAUGAGUUUUACACA